AUGAUUAUAGCUUUUUUAACAAUUUUACUACAAAUUUAGAUACUAUAAGCCUAAGCAGUUUUCAGUUAUUGUUAAGCGUAUGCUGAUACACUUGAUGUCAAUGGGACAGGUCAACUUUGUAAGUAUACAUUAAACGGCUGUAGAUUGUGUAGUGGUGGAACUUGCGUUAAAUGUUUAGACGGAUUUUAUUUGAAUUCUUUAAAUUAAUGUUAAUCUUGCAGCGAUAUAUUUGGAUAAACUGUAGCAACAUGCACUUUUAAUGGCUAAAAUGCAAUUUAUAUUAAUUCAUGUGUUUCAGGUUAUUAUUUAAACACAUAAACUUAACAAUGUUCUCCUUGUGGAAGUAAUUGUUAGUAAUGUACAGAUAGUUAUACUUGCAACCUCUGCUAAAUAUCUAAGGCUGUUGCUAUUAAGAUUUUUCUAACAACUGCUAAACGUGUAUAUAAUCUUAUUAUUUGGCAUCUAGCAAUUAAUGCUUAUAAUGUAUUCAAAAUUGCUUAAUAUGUUCCAGAGGAAACUAAUGUGAUUAAUUGUAUUUAAGGAUAUACUUUGAUGUCAUAUACUUUAAAUGGUAAUAAUUAUUAAUAAUGUUAUAAAUGCUAAACAAACUGCAGCAGAUGCUAAAUGUAAGGAAAUAUAAAAGUUUGCUAUUAAUGUGCUGAUGGAACCUAGCCAGUCAAUGGCUAAUGCUUGUAAUAAUUAUCAUUUACAUGGAAUCCUAUUUAACCUUAGAAUGGAGAAAUUUUAACGACCUUUUUAGUAAUCGUAUUAACAAUACUAAUAAAUAUCCUUAUUUGA